UUUCUGCUCCAAAACAUGAAAGUUAACGGGUGAGAUGUUGCAUUUUCAUUUAAGAUAAAAUGAUAUUUUUAUUUUGUUGUUGGCCCGUGAGAAAAGAUUUAACCUACAGUAAACAGGAAGUGGAAAGGCUGCAGAUAGAUGAAUAGAAUAGAAAAUCCCUUUAUUGUUCCUCAGUGGGGAAAGCUAGAUGUCACAGCAGCAAUGACACUUAUUACAGGAGAAAAACAGGAGAAUAAAAAUAAACAACAAGAAAACAUAAAUCCUGAAUAGAUUUUAAGAAUGCUGAUUAUACCACAAGUAAUGAAUACCACUGAUGCCUUUUAUUUAAAACUGACUUGCUCGUGUGUAAUUUGGUUAUUCCAUAUUCAGUGUUAAUGCAGAAAUAUGUUUGUUUCCAAAUUUAAAGGUUCAAAAUUGCAUUUAUGUUGAUAAAGAAAAUGUGCAAAUUUGCCCUCACCUUUUCAAAAAAUAUUAAGUUUGGCCCUCGACUCCGUCCCAGAGUUUCAUUUCGACCCCGUGUGAGUUUGAGUUUGACACCCCUGCCGUAAGCAGUCAGAAAAUACUUUUCUGAGAUGGGCUUCUAUUUUGAAAAACAGCGGCCCAAGCUUUUACCGUAAAGCUGUGAACGCAUGCGCCUAGCAAAAUCAAGUGCUCAUUUUACCGUGAAUCGGCGAGUGGAGGCUGGCUUUACCCCGGUAUUCAACUCUCUCUUUUUUGUUGACUGGUUUUAAUAGAUAAUCAGUAACCGGAGGGCUCACGUGUCGUUCUAGCAAACUUUCGCGUGAGCAGACGGCUGAAAAAAAGUUUGAAGAGCUCGAGAGCGCAUUAGUGAGCACUUCUAUACAAACCACACCGGAGCAACUUUUACCAGGACCUUAAGAUGAACGACACGGAUAUAAUCUGCGAAAACAACAAGACCUACAACUUUUCUCAUCAGGCAUGUGAAACCUCCACUUCUCCGCCCCACAGUCCCAUGGACAUCACCACUUUCAUGCACAUUCUGCCCACCAUUUAUGGCAUCCUAUGUUCGGUUGGAGUCAUUGCCAACGGACUUGUGAUUUACGCGGUGGCAGCGUGCAAGAAAAAGAUGGUUUCUGACAUCUACGUGCUGAACCUGGCGAUAGCAGAUAUGCUGUUCCUGCUUGUAAUGCCCUUCAACAUCCACCAGCUGGUCAGAGACCGACAAUGGGUGUUCGGAAAUUUCAUGUGCAAGUCAGUGGUGGUGGUGGAUGUCAGCAACCAGUUCACCACGGUGGGGAUCGUCACAGUGCUUUGCAUUGAUAGGUA